AUGGACGGCGGCCUGUACAAGAUCGCCACCGCACUCAUCUCCCUCUUCGCCAUCACUUUCCUACUCCUCCUCGCCCAAAUCCUCUUCUUUUUCUCUCGCACGCGCCACCACCCCACCCCCACCCAACCCAAACAAAAUUGCAUCUACCUUUUCUGCUGGAGGACCAAAACCAGGAUCGAACCCACAGAAAUCGCGUCCAAAGUCCACGAUGAUUCCGCGACGGCGGAGACGGCGGCGGUCGACCAAGAAUUGGAGAAGUGGCGGGUACUGUGCGGACCGUCCAGAGCGCUUUUCACUAUUGUUGAAGAGGAAGAAGAGAGAGAAGGAGUAGAAUCUUGCGAGUGUGAUCCUAAACCGGAUUUCGAUACGACGCCGUUUUAUACGCCCUGCGGUUCUCCUCCCUUCUUCACGCCGUCGCCCACUCAUGACGCCGCUGACUUCCCGGUCCAAAAAGAUUCUCCCGACGGCGAUCGAACGGCCUCGUUUUUGGCUAUUGAGAUUACCCACUGA